AUGCAGAAGGCUGGCAUUGGAGGAUAUCAUCGCAUCAACUUUGCUGCCGAGGAACGAAUUCGGCACAUCCGUCUACUUCAAGGAGAAUCAACUCAGGACCACUGCUUCGUCUACAGCAUUGGUUCAGUUGGAGUUCCAAAAUCAGACGGUCGUGCGGACAAAGAAACAAGACACUUGCACGGCAACAGUACAAGCCUUCACCGUCUGUUUUGCGUGUCGGGAGGGUGCAAUGGCAAAAGAGGAGUGUUAGAAGAUGAAAGGACCAUCAAUUGUGGCUCAAUUGAAGUGUCCGUCUACAGUGCAAUAUGCGGCUCCAAAGGAAGGAUCAAUGCUUUGAAAUUCCACACGACUUCAAAUGAAGUCAACUGGAAUUGUACUCUGAGCUGUGGAGUGGAGGAAACGGAAGUUGUGAUAGCUGGAAAGCUGAUAGAAGAGAAGAAGUUCGAGGGCAAGGAUGAAACUGGAAGAAGCAGAUACAGUCGUAACAUGUUUGAGUCGCCGGUGGAAUCGAUGGUCAACGGAUGGAACGGAUUGGUCGAUGGCUUACUGAUGCGGAUCGGGAAAUCGGCUGUCAUCAUGAGAAAUCUUGCAAUGUUUGAACGAGUGUUAUGA